AUGUCGGCCCAGGCGGAAACUCACAAGGCAACAGUGACAGAAGCUGGUCCCGAGUCGCCUACCACAGCUCGACCCUUCGAGAUGGAUGAUGAUGAUGUCCUGGAACCGGGUAUCGCCGGCGAGCCCGGGACGCCGAAACCAGCCGCUGUAUCGACCCCUCCGGUCUCACCCGUCGAACCUGCGCCGCCCAAGCCCCCCCGCCCCCAGAGCGAGACACAGACGAACGUCAUGAUACUCAAGGAAGCGUUUCCGAGCGUCGAGGAACCAGUCAUCAAGGCCAUCUUGCGAGCUAGCGGCGGCCGUGUAGAGACAGCCUUCAAUGCGCUGCUGGAAAUGAGCGACCCCGACGCCGCCAAGAACGAGCAGGAGGAAGUGCCACCGCCCCAGCCCCCGCGGCCUCAAGGACGGAACGACAUGACGCAGGUCGAGGCCGACGAGCUCUACGCACGGAAGCUUGCGGAACACUAUGACAAUGUUGGCGCCUACGAAGCUCGGACGUCCAAUCGCCCGCGCGGGUCCCGGCUGCCGCAGGAACUGGACGAGGAGGAUCGCGAGCACAGCUUCAUCGACGACGACCUGCCCGUUAUUCGCGAGAAUCUGCGCAAGGGCUUCCUCGAGACCCAGAAGCAAGUGAAUGGAUGGAUCACAAACUUGAGGAAGAAGAUCGAGGACAACUUUGACGAAUCUGAGGAGGCCGCGCAAAGACCGGGCCAACCCCCUCGACGGCAAGGCGAGGCCAGUCGCAGAAGCGGCGACUAUGAAAGAUACGACGCCGACCCUCAGGUUCUCAGUGACGACUUUGCAGGCAUGAAGUUUUCAACCGACGGAACCCCCGCCAACCAAGGCGUGCACAAGCCCCCCCCCUCUACGUCUUCCCCGAUGCCAAGUGACGGGCGACGGGUGGCAUUCAAGGGUGACACAGAGGAGAUCAACAUGUACGACGCAUCUCCCCAGAUGCCGCCCAGGGAUACGGCUGCGACGUCGAGUGCGAAAGCGAGCAAAUGGCAGCCCCUCUCGGCGAUGGACCCGAACCCGAUUGCGGAUAACGACCCGUUCAGCUUGGGGGACAGCGAGGACGAGAAGGACGCCAAGGACAAGGACAAGCCCAAAGACAGCAAAGCCGACGAGGGCGAGAGGCUGAAACAGGCGGCAGCAGAGGCCAUGGCGGACGAGCUGGUGAAGCCGACCAAGGAGGGAGAUGCGGUUGAGAAGAAGAGCUGA